AUGUCUGCCGACGAGGUCGCCGGGUUUGCAUUGCGGAGGAAUGGCAGUUGUUUGUCAACAGAAACGGAAUGUGGUGCUACCGUUGCACCCUACUAUGCUUGUUGUGUAGGAGGAAGUAAUUGUGUUAACCCAUAUAACCAAGUCUGUUGUACUUCGGGAAACUGUACCUCGACUAUUGUGCAGAAUCCUGUAUGCGCGGACCCAUCCUGGAGCUUAUAUAACAACGGUGGAGUAGACUCCGGCUACUUUUGCUGUUUGCCGGGUACCGAUGGUUAUGCUGUUCAGUUGGGCGGAAGCAAUGGUUGCGGAAAUCCUGGAUAUGAGCUUCAAUCCGGGGAGAUUGCAUUACAGCUACUGAGUCAAGCAAUAUCUUCUACAGCUGCAGCAACAUCUUCUCCGCAGGCACCCACCUCGACGACCACCAGCAUCAAUGUCAUCUCUUCUGUCGCAUCCAGUUCCAAUCCAUCCAGAACCUCGGAUGGAUCAGCACUCCCAGCAGAAACAUCCUCUUCCAGUUCAAAUUCAUCUGGCGCUGUUAUCGGAGGUGCGGUCGGUGGUGUCGUGGCUAUUCUCCUCCUGGUCGUCGUGGGCUUUUUCAUCUAUCGAAAACGACACCAGACGAAUGGUAAAAAGCUCCCCCAGGACCGAUAUGAAACUUACGGACAUGCUCAAGACCAUAAAUCCAACUAUCGAGAAGUUGUCGAGCUUUCCGACUCACAGGUGGUUGAGUUACCGUCCACAGAUCCCUCGGAAACAGCAAGUGCUCGAGCUCGGGGCUCUCAACGCUUCGAACUACCUUAG